CAGACUUCCUUUGGGGGUGAACCAGAAAAGCGACACACACGUCCACACCCGGACUUGAGCUUGGAUUAUCUCCCAUUCAGAAUAGAUGAUGAUUUUUUCGGUAAUUGCCUUUCUGCUGCAGGGAGCUCAGACUGUCACAGGUGUAGCCCUGGAUCCCUGCUCUGCUUAUAUCAGCUUGAAUGAACCCUGGAGGAACACAGACUACCACGUCAACCAGUCGUCUGGCGUGCCGUUGUGCGACAGCCAUGUGUCUGGUGAAUGGUACCGCUUCACUGGCAUGGCUGGGGAUGCCAUGCCCACCUUCUGCGUCUCCGAGAACCACUGUGGCACUCACGCCCCCAUUUGGCUCAAUGGCAGCCACCCCCAGCUCCACGAGGGCAUCGUCUCCCUGCCCGUCUGUGCCAGCUUCAACGACAACUGCUGCCAGUGGAACGCCAGUGUGGAUGUGAAGGCCUGUCCUGGAGGAUACUUUGUCUACCGCCUGCCCAGACCCUCAGUCUGCUUCCACGUUUACUGUGGCCAUUUCUAUGACAUCUGUGACGAGGUGGAUUGCACAGGUCCCAGAUGCCCAGAAUCCGACUGUCGCUGCGCUGCUGGAACUGUCCUGGGACCAGACAGACAAACAUGUCUAGAUGUGAAUGAGUGUGAUAAGGCCAACGGUGGGUGUGCGGAGCUGUGUGUGAACACCAAAGGAUCCAGACGUUGUGAGUGUGGACGAGGCCGUGUGCUGGAUGAGGAUGGACGCAACUGUCGAGAGAUAGCAGGUUGUCACGCCAACAAUGGAGGCUGCAGCCAUGGCUGCUCCUCACUGCUGGACUCCUAUCACUGCCACUGUCCCCGAGGGCUGGAGCUAGGAGAGGAUAAACGCACAUGUCAGGUGCCGGUCCAGUGUGAUCCCAGCUUGAUCACAGUGUCAGUUCCUAAGGAUCUUGUAGGAGGACUGGAGCUCUUUCUCUCCAACUCGUCUUGUCGUGGUGUCUCCAAUGGCACACACAUCAACCUCAACUUCAGCCUCAAGACCUGCGGCACAGUGGUGGAGGUGACAGCUAACAAGAUUGUGGGCACCAACCUGGUGACAGGUCUUCCCAGGAGUAGCCCAGGCAGCAGCAGAGAGUUAAUAGUCCGAACCACCAAGUUAGUGCUCCCAGUCACCUGUGAAUUCCCCAGAGAAUACCAAGUGUCGGAUGGAUACCAGGCAAGUCUGCGCAACUCAGCCCUGGAGCUGGCAGGCCACAGUGAGGGCAUCUUCCGGUUCUCCCUGGAGCUCUUCAAGAACUCUGAGUUCUCUGAGUCAUACCACGCUCCACCUCAGCUCCGCCUGCACGACUCCCUGUUCUUUGGGGUGGAGCCAAAGGAGAGAGUGGAGGGACUCUCUGCUCUGGUGGAGAGCUGCUUCGCAACACCAGGGCCCAAAGCUGACCAGGCCCUCAAGUAUUUCCUCAUCAAAGAUGGAUGCAUUUCAGAUGAAACAGUGACACAGUACUCAUCAAAGGACCAGCUCUCUAAGCACUACCAGGUCCCUGUCUUCAAGUUCAUUGGCAAGGACAGCCGACAAGUGUUCCUCCACUGCCAGGUGUUGGUUUGUGGAGCAGGAGACUCUCGCUGUGCUCAGCAAUGUCGGGGACGCGUCCGGAGGGAGGUUCAGACGGAUCAGCCUCAGGAGCAGCACACACUGAGCGCAGGCCCCAUCUACAUCCUGCCUUAAUUACGAUACUAACAUGAAGCCAUCAGCACAGACACCCAUAAAAACGCCGUGGCAACAUGACAUCAUCACAGGCCAGGAUCACAAAAAUUGCAUUUGCAUUUAGAUUAAAGAUGAUCGUUUCAUUUUAUUUGGACUAACAUCAAAUAAAUGUACACAAAGCGGUCCGUUGCACUGUCCCACAUACACACCCAUGCAUGAAAAUGUGCAGUAUUCUUUUUUUUCUGUUCCAGUGUUAUCCACAUUCCAGGAAAUAACUUGAAUUCUAGUUAACUCUUCCAUGUUUGUAUGUCUGUGCCACUUUUCCUUGCAGCACAAGUUACUGACAUUAAAGUGAAUGACAUUUCAAUCAGAAGCCAUUCGGAGGGUCCACAGUUCAUUUCUAACAACCGCAGCAUGAAGGAUGUUUUUCGAGGUCACACAUUUUGCCAUUUCUCAGGCUUGAUUACAGCUUAGAGAUUUAGUGAGUUUAUAAACGUGGACUGUAUCUAUAUUUACCACCAUCAGCUACUUAAAAAAUAUAUGUGGAACAUCCAUGGAUGCCUGGUGACUCGCUUCGCUCGGUAUAAUUGAUGUCUGAGGAGCAUUUCACACAGUACAGCGUGAUGGGAAAAGAGACAUCACUAAGCUGUGCCUGGAAAUUAUACACUUGCCUCGUCUCUCUGACAAUUAAUCUAGAGUUAAUCAUGUCAGUUAAACAGCAAUUAGUCAUGCAUUUAUUCAUAAAAAAUAACAAAUAACUGGCAAAUAACUUACAUCACAGUUGCUGUAAUAGGCAUCACAUUUACAUGACACUGACUUAAGGUUUUAGCAGAAUAGCUUGACAAAUUUAAGAUAGCAGCAAACAACAGGCUAUGUGCUCCACGGUAAUUAUCUUGUGUCUUGUAUCUGGAGGAAAUUAAUCCGACUACAAUAUCCUUCCCGUCUUAUCAGCAGGCACUUUGUUUGGAGUCAUCAAGUAAUUUAUGGUAAUGGAGUCAUAGAGGCCUAAAGUGGACCUAAAACGAGGAGUAUGGAGAGUGUAAUAUGCAUGAGCAAUUCAUUAGGAAUCUGAAAGUCAUAUUCUGACAAGUAACAUUUGUUAGCAUUGCCUAUGAAUAAAUCAUAAGAAAUUGUUCCCUA